AGUCGUCUAACAAUCUCCCCAAAGCUAUGUUCGCUAUAUUUAAUUCACCAUCGCCGGAUCCUCAUCCACUGCCGCUGACGAAUUCGCCAUGGCCCACGCUGCUCAUCCUUGGCGUCUAUGCGCUCUUUGUGCUCAAGCUGGGCAAACUUUAUAUGCAAAAGCGUCAGCCCUACAAUUUGCGCAAGCUGCUCAUGUGCUAUAAUCUUGGUCAGGUGGCCUACAAUGGGCUGUUCUUUGGCAUAACCUUUUACUAUCUCGUCUUGCGUCAAAUUUCCGACUGGCGUUGCAUGGAAACGUUUCCCCAGGGUCACCAGCACAAGAAUUUGGAACGUUAUGUGCACUAUGCGUACUUUAUCAACAAAAUUCUGGAUCUGCUCGAUACGGUGUUCUUUGUGCUGCGCAAGAAUUACAGACAGAUUAGUUUUCUGCACGUUUAUCAUCACAUCAUGAUGGUUACCAUUUGCUAUGGCAUUAUGCGCUUCUAUGGCACCGGCGGACAUUUCAAUGCUGUGGGCAUGGUCAACUCUCUGGUGCAUACAUUUAUGUAUUUCUACUAUUUCCUGUCCGCUGCAAAUUUCGGCUUCAAGAUAGAGAGCAUCUGGUGGAAGAAGUACAUUACGCUCAGUCAGCUUAUACAGUUUGUCCUCAUCUUUAUCUACGCCUCCUAUGUACUGCUCUUCUCUCCAAACUGCGGCUUUCCACGCUGUCUGCUAUUGCUUCAAUUACUGCAGGCAGUGAUCAUGAUGUACAUGUUUGGUAACUUUUAUUUGAAGACUUAUAUGCGCACCGAGUCGAAGGCAGCACAGCCGGCGCAAGGUCACAAAAUGCGACGAGAUUAACCCCGAAAGGUGAUUUGAAUUAAAUGUAUUUCUUUAGUUGAAAUAAAAUAUAAACUGCUUGCUUAA